AUGUCCCAGGUGAUUUGGAAUUCUGACAUUGACGUAUAUAAUCCUCAGGUGAUCCCCUCAUCAGUUGCGAAAUGUAUUUCAAAGUACUUAUCAAUAACUGAUCUACUCUCUUUUGCAUUGGUAUCAAAAAAUACCUACAAAACUGUGAACGAUCCUAAUCUCUGGAUUUCGAAAUUAAGAGAACUAGGAGUCUGGAACAAUAAAGAUUCUAUACUAUCAGCGGAGGAGUUGAAAAAAAUAGACUUUUCUUGGUCGGAGAAUCCUUUGACAUGUUUUGAUAGAUGCAUAUCUUCACCAAAGGUAGCGAAGUUUCAGGUGUUGAAAAUUAAUAAUUCUUUACUGCCAUAUUACAGAGAUUUUUACAUAAACAAGCCGUUCAAUCGGUUGAAGAUUUUUAAGGUGUAUCAUACGCCGGAAGAACAAGCGAAGAUUCUAAAUAAUUUGCUAAAAUUCAAUAAGAUUGAUGCAUUUGAUGAGUCUAGAAUUCUAGUAAGAGAUAAGAUUAACGCUUUGCUUGAAAUAUUUGAAAAUGCAAUUCUCCGAGAGCUAGAAAUUCAUUAUGAUAUCCACGAUUAUGAAAGAGCAAGACUGUUUGUCGAAAUUAUGAUAUAUUUGAAAAACCAACAAACAUUAAUAGAUUUUUUCCUCCAAAAAACAGUUUUCGACAACGAAAGCACGGAUAUAUUCAACCUUGAAUUGCUACAUACAGACACAUACUUCACAAAAAUUACGCCUACUAAUAAUGCAGAUGGGAGCCAAUGCGAAUACGACAUAAAUCUUGAAGAACUCAACAAAUUCAAAGAUGAACUUGCCGACUUGUUCAAUCAUCAAGCUGAAGUAAUUGAUUUGAUAUUUCCAGCUUCAAUUCCAAUGAUGUACAAACUAUGCGAAGAAUUAAUAUCGAACCAGUUAUCUGAAGUUAUCAUGCUAUUGAUCGAUGCCUCCAAAGAAAGGGGCGUUUAUUUGAAGUUCGUCCCUUACUUGUAUGAAUUAUUAACCACCAAAUUUAUUGAAAAAUUAAACUCCAGUAAAAAUCUUGGACUCUCUUAUCAUCAACUAAUUAAAGAGCUCAUUGAUAUGAUGUACGAAUCAUUUGGUGCGGAAUACAUAAGGGAGGAAAUACAAGUUUUUCAGGUAUACUCUAAUGAUAAUAUCCUACAAUGGAAAGAUUCUCUCUCCAAGAGGGAAGCAGAGACUUCUAAUAGAAUAUUGAAACAUGUAAAAAAUGAAGCUAAAAAUGACUUUUUAAGCAGUUUUAAAAAAGUAUUUACCAUGAACUCAAGCUCAAAUGGCACCGAAGAAACUCCAGAUGACGAUAAAAGUUAUUCUGAAAUGCAGGCGAAAACCAAGAUUUUGUCAGAAAAUUUGAAGUCCUUAAACAAGAUUUUAAGUCCUGAAUUGGUAUUGAAUGUUAUAAACGAAGCUAAGCUAUCAUUGAAUAGGUUACUCAAGUUCAAAGAAUAUUCCAUUGCCAGUUUCAAAAGCGAUGUGUAUUCUUCAGCACAAGAAAUUUUUAUCAGUGUUAUAGACACAAUAGGCACUGAACACAUAAAGCCUGGUUUUACUAAAGCUUUAGCUUAUCUUCAAAAUUACAAUCCCAAUGACGCGAAGACGGACCACCAAGAUAGCUUUGUGGAGCCUUUAAUAAUGUUCUUUGAUUUAAUUAAUAUAGCUGACUUGAUUAUUCAGAUGAUUGAUAUCUUUUAUAAGGAAGAAAUAAUCCAUAGGCAAAUCGUCAAGAAUGAAAAUUCCAUACUUAACCAAUCUCUUCAAAGUAAAAAGAAACUUGAGGGUUUGGUGGAUAAGUACGUUGCUGACGGAUUAAAUAUUGGAAUUGAGGUUUUGGUCAAUGAGAUAGAAAAUGUUUACAAAAUGUAUUCAAAUGAAGAAGAUUACAACCCUCCACCAGGUUCUACACCAACGUUCGGGGCUACCGAAGCUGCAAAGCACGCAGUAAAAAUUCUAGAUGAUAAUAUCGAUGUUCUUGUAGAUAGCACUGAUAAGUACAUUGUGGAAGUUUUCCAACAAGAAAUUGCUGAAAGAUUUUUUCAGAUAGUGGUAAAGUCAUUGAAGAAGAGUACCAUCUCAGUUUCAGGUGCCACAACACUAAUUUGUGAUUUAAACUUAUACUACGACUUCAUGAGGACAAGAAUUAAAACGAAUAAGAAAUUAAUCAUGCCGUACUACCAGGCCCUCAAAAAGGUGGGGAAUAUUUAUAUAAUAAGCGGUGACAAUUCAAGAUCUAUUGGUAAGCUUGUCAGCGACCUUUCGAAGUUCAAUGGAAUUUUCGAGCAAGAGGAAAUAUAUGAAUUUGUUCAAAGGCGUCUGGAUUGGCUAUCAAUUAGAAAAGAUGUUGAAAAGGUCAUGUAUGGGUUUGGUUUAGGCGACUGUACUAUAGUUUAA